AUGAACAUUUCAGCUGUAAGAUCAAUAUUUUCAUUGUUAUCAUUAAAUGCUUUGCUUUAAACUUAUGAAAAUCAACCAGUAGAAUUCUGGGAUUCUAAUCAAAUGAUGUCACAUCCUAGACUUACACCCAUAUUCUAAUCGAAUUAGGUAAUUAUAAAACUCAUUUUAGUAUAUUAAUUUAUUAGCAGGUUUAGCUACAUUAAUACUAAUAGAUAAGAAACAAAAAUUGCUUAUGACUAAUAGUAUUUUAACAGGAACUUCUGUUAUUAUAUAAGAUUUAAAGUAAUCUUUUAUAUUUAUCUAAAGUCUAUUCUUGCCUAAAACAUUUAAUAUGAUAACAAUAUAUUUAUCACUUAUUGCAUUAAUUGCUCAGCUAUUUUAAUUACUAUCCUUUUAUUAUGAUAAUAUUCAACAAACAUCAUAAAUAAUAAAAUAAGAUAGCUUUAAAGAAUAAAAGCAAAUUAAGAAGCAAAAUCAAAGGAAAAUGGUUUUAAGUAAAAAAAAAGAGAAACCUUUACAAAAACUAUAAAAAUCUUAACAAACUACUUAAAUUGAAGUAAUAGAACAAGUAUAAUAUGAUAAAUCAGAAGUUGAAUCAAUUGAAAAUGAUUUCAAUGAAUUCUUGAAACCAUAAUCUAAUGAUUAAACAAUUACAGAAAUGGAAACUGAAAAUCUUUAUGAAAUCAAUCAUGCUGAUCUCUCAUAAAUAUCAUAAACAAAAGAAGAUCCAAGUAUUACUUAAUAUAAUUAAUAGAAUUAACUUUCUAAUUAAAGUUCAAUGGAGAAGUUUCUACUUUAAAUUGUACUUUUGAUACAUUUGAUUCUACUAUGAGUAUUCUCAACUCAACAUAUACAUUAAAAUAAAUUAAAUAAAUCAAAAUACAUUUAUUACUCAAUCUUUAUGAUGAAAAUGAAGACUAUACAUGUAGACUCUGGUGUUUAAAGAAGCUUUUAAUUCUUAAUUGA